ACUGUCAUUACUUUAUUUCAGACAAAAAACUCUCUUUUGAUGGUGUAAAGGCUCGGAUAGAUAUGGAAGCGUUCAUCAGACCGAUGGGGUUUCAGCUGCUUACAAAAGGACUGAGUGAAGAACUCUUGAGUUUACCACAAGUUGAGAAGCUACUGGCAUCCAACGAGAAGUUUGAUGUCAUCAUUAUUGAAACAUUCUUCGGGCAAGAAGCCCUCAUCGGGUUUGGCCACAGAUUUAAAGCUCCGGUUGUAACUUUAUCAUCGUUUGGCACUUUCUCUCUAGUGGACAGCAUCAUGGGAAACCCGAAUCCUCUAUCAUACUUCACCACCUACCAGCUAGCAUUUACCAGUGAGCUAACAUUCUACCAGAGGCUGAAGAAUGUGAUCGCUACAAUGUCAGAGCACCACUACAGUUACUUUCACCAUCUUCCCAGCCAGGAAGCAGUUAUGAUAAAACACUUCCAGAAAUAUGAACAAUCCCCGUUGCCUCCCCUGCUAGACCUUCUCUCCGAGAUUGGUGUAGUUUUACUCAACACUCAGCCGGAGGUCAGCUAUGCCCGUGCAUGGCUGCCUAAUAUGGUCUCUGUUGGAGGUCUUCAUAUUCCAAAAAUGAAAACAUCACAUCCCAAGGAGAUUCAAACAUUUAUUGAUGGGGCUGAAGACGGAAUUAUUUAUUUCAGUCUGGGUUCGACUCUCUCUGGAACGUCUAUUCCAGACUAUGUCAGAGAUGCGUUCAUCACUGCCUUCAGUCGAAUACCUCAGAGAGUAAUUUGGAAAAUAGACACUACUCCUCCCGCUCUUCCUCGCAACGUAAUGGUUGUGGCAUGGGCUCAACAGCUUGACAUUCUUGCUGAUCCAAAGUGUAAAGGUUUCAUUACACAUGUUGGCCUGCUCAGCCUCCUAGAGGCAGUCCACUUUGCUGUUCCACUAAUCGGAGUUCCAGUGUUCGCUGAUCAGCCAUGGAACAUGGUGAAAGCAGAACAGGCGAAGAUUGGUGUCCAUCUCCACAUCCUCAACAUCUCCGCUGACUAUGUGUCCUGGGCACUGGAGGAGAUCCUCCACAACCCUGUGUACAAGAGAAACAUGGACCAGUUGUCAGCUCAGAUGAGGGACCGUCAAGUGUCUCCUUUAGACACUGCGGCUUAUUGGGUGGAGUAUGUGGCCAAGCACCAAGGAGCUCCGCAGCUCAGGACUCCUGCAAGACACAUGUCCUCCUUCCGCUACCUCCUGGUUGAUGUGGUCCUCUUCCUGCUAGUUGUGACACUGCUCUUCAUCCUGACUUUAUACUUUCUUCUCAGAAAGAUAUACACAUUAGCAAAAUAUUUAUUUACUAUGGAAAAUAAAAUAAAACCUGAAUGACGCACCAA